UUGGCUUGGCUGCGGAGAUGGGAAUUCGAGCCUCGUCCCACUAGGAAUAUUUCGUCGCCUCCUCGCCCUCGCGGCAGCCUAGCAAAAGCCGCCUCUUCUCCCUCUCUUCCUUCGCCAUCAUCGCCUCCGCUUGUUAAAAUUCGCUCCCGUCUUCCCCUCGCGAGUUUUCAAGGAGCAAAAGCUGCUCAGCUAAAAUGAAAAAAUAAAAGCAAAGUGGCUCAAGAAUAUUUUUCUUAAGAACAGAGAUUUCAGAAGAUAUUCUACAUAUGGAAAGGUAUGGAAACACGCCCAGUGAAGAAUUUUAAGGUGAAACAGUUUUGCGGUAGUGGAAAUUCCGAAGUUAUGUCAUCAUCUCUACCUGUGCUACCUGCUCCCUUGGAAGAGAAGUUUCCGAAACUGCCAGAUUCCCAACAGGUUUCGAUGGAGAGGGAGCUAAGAAGCACUCCACUUAUCCCCCUUCGUACUCCUUUUGUCUCCAACAGUGCAGUUGUUGGACCUUUAUACUCAUCAGCUUCAGGGUUCUCAUCAGAUCUUCAUUUCUCUUCUAUGGCACCUAAUGAGAGGCACCACAAUGGUGCUUCGUUUGUUUCUCAAUCACCAAAUGUUGGAAUACCUUUUCCUUCAACUCCCUCACAUUCAGGGUCAUUCUGUCCCGCAGCAAGUAAUCACCCCAGAGAAUCCGCUGAUGUGUCCUGGUGUCCAGAACCAAUUCAGGGCAUGCUUGAUUAUUCAGAUAAUAUAACUGCUGGUAACAAUCAGAUCCAGAGCAGUUGCGAUGUGGCCUCGGAUGACCUUGCUAAGCAAAAUGAGUGGUGGACAGAUUUAAUGAAUGAUGAUUGGAAGGAUAUUCUUAAUGAAACAAGUGCUUCUGAAUGUCAGACAAAGUCUGUGGAACCAGCAACCCAAGCAUCCCCAAGUAUAUCAGUUCACCAGCUGCAAAUCCAUCAAUCUGUUCCAUCUCACUCAGGAGAGCUUUGUGCAGUCUCUAAUUCCUCCCCUGCUGCCAUUGCUGCUGCAGCCAAACCACGUAUGAGGUGGACUCCAGAGCUGCAUGAAUGCUUUGUAGAUGCUGUGAACCAGCUUGGUGGUAGUGAAAAGGCUACCCCCAAAGGUGUGCUGAAACUCAUGAAAGUGGAAAGUUUGACCAUAUACCAUGUGAAAAGCCAUCUGCAGAAAUACAGGACAGCUCGGUAUAGGCCAGACUCAUCAGAAGGGGCAUCACAAAAAAAGGUCACCCCACAAGAGGAAGUCUCAUCUCUUGACUUGAAGACGAGUAUUGAUCUCACUGAAGCGUUACGACUCCAGAUGGAGGUUCAGAAACGACUGCACGAACAGCUUGAGAUUCAGAGAAAUCUGCAGUUGAGAAUUGAAGAACAAGGGAGGUACCUUCAGAUGAUGUUUGAGAAGCAGUCGGGCAUCAGCAAUCUCCAGGCUCCUUCCUCACUGGAAGAACCAUUAACUGUAUCAUCUGACCAAACACAUUCUGCUGCCAAAAUCGAACUCCCAGGGAAGGGUCGAGAUGAAUCAGGAACUGACCCUAAUGGUGCAAAAAUGUCAGAAGGCUCAAGGCAGGUGGGUGACAAACAGAAGACGCUUGAAGCUGAAUCCUGCAAUGAGAUGGAAGCUAAUAUUGUUAGUGGGUCUCACUCCCCAUCCUGCAAGCGUGCACGAGGCCCUGAUGGGGAGUCCUUAACUCCCAUGUCUGCAUUAGAUUAGCAGAUUUUUAGUCUUGUAUGUUGACUGGUGAAAUGGGAACUGUCAUUGUAAUGAGAAUGCCGAUAUUGAGUGGAAAGCUAAUUUAAGGUCAGAAGCCACUCUGACUCUUUCAGGAGGCUGCAGAUGGUGAUUGCUUGUACUGUUGGUGAGCAAUGACUUGUUUUCUAUUUAUUUCAGUCAAUAAUGAGGUUAUUGGGUGUAAAGAUUUGGCUAUGUGUCUUUCAUUAAGUUGAAGUGUUUUGGAAAACUGUCAAGGAAGAAAUGCUGUACUUGAAAGAAAGGAUCAUAUACUCUUAUAACAAUCUUUUAGCUUUAAUAUUCAAAAA